AUGAAGCCAAAUGAGAAAAUGCAUGGUCCGUUGAAGCAAGCAUACCAAAAGCAAACUAAUUUCAAGGAUGUUGCUCAGCAAAUUCUCCAUGUUGAUCACCUUAGACUGAUUUCUGAGCAUAUCCAAUGCAAGAUCAAGGAAUAUGAUUCUUACAGGAUGUUCAGAGUGGCAAUGAAUAUGGACACCAUUGAUAUCACUGUUGAUGAGCCUGAGGAAGAAUAUUUCCAUGUGAAGUUGGGUAGCCAAGUGAAGGAGCCAUUAAUGUUUGAGGAUAUUGAGAAGAAGAGUAUUGCUGACAACAUGUUCAAUCGAUUCUGGGGAAAACUCAGUGAGUUCUUCAAUAAGUACUUUGUCUUCACAGGGAAACCUCUUCCUGGCAAGAAACACAUCCAAUUCCAAAGGAAUGAUAUGAAUAUCACUUUUCAAAGUCAACUUUGA